AUGCGUCUUACUACUGCUCUUUUCCCCACUGUCACUCUCCUUUGUACUGUCUUCUUAGCGCAGGCCGUCCCACUCAUACCUUCGCGAAACGAUGUGAUAGCCUGCUCAGGUCUGACAGAUUGUGACUCUUGUGUCCAUGCAAGCCUCUGUGGGUUCUCACUCAACACGGAAAGCUGCGAAGCGAAGGAAGACUACGCUGGGAGGCUUGCGACAUCUGCAACUCAAUGCAAGAAGGCGACCGCUAUCCAUGCUGCACGGGAAUGGAAUGUCGCUGCGAAAGCAGAUGCGGUAUGGACACAAAUCAAGGCGCACACCCUGGAUGGCCGCCCCGACAAGGCAGAGUCCGGCCGGCAUCUCACGUCCACUUGGCUCGGCCACGCUGAUAACAAGGGCACUGCUGCGCACAUGAAGAUCAACGCAGCAACGGGACUCGCUCAAUUGGCAUACUCCACUGGCAAGGGGAAGAAGACAUAUUGGAUUGAUAGCGACGCGGAGGGAAAGGCGACAAGCAUUGCGCACAAGUACACGCGGGACCAGGUUGCCGCCGUAUGCAAGGAUGCGAUCAUGGCUGCGCUCAACACCAGCACAGGCAAGUCGAGGAAGUCAAAGAAGUUGAGGAAGGUGACGAGCGGUUCCUACUCCGUCAGGUCGCCCUUUGGGAACAACAUCUGCGUAACAGUGUCUAACGCACAGUGCUACCCAGCGAGCACCGAUGCGACAACGGCAGCACCGGGUGCGAAGUGCUAG